GUUACAAGCUCACUGCGGCUUCAAUGUUUUGAAUGGAAGCCCCGCCCAUCGCUUGGCUUCCUCGAAGUGGUCUCGUAACACCGGGAGGGCGCACGACUGCAGACCGGCUACAUUCAUGAAGCAGUGGAGGCUUGUAUAAAACGAAAGUAGGUUUCCUCUCUUGCCAUGGCUGUGUAGUUUUGUGCCGUCCAUCAUGGCCAUUGGAACACAGCUCUACCUGCUGCUGUGGAAAAACUUCACAUACCGCAGGAGAAACAAGGUGCAAUUGAUUAUUGAACUCCUGUGGCCGCUCUUCCUCUUCCUCAUCCUCAUUGCUGUCCGGCAAUCACACCCACCAUAUAAACAGAGCCAAUGUCAUUUUCCCAACAAGGCCCUUCCUUCAGCAGGCACGCUGGCAUGGGUUCAGGGCAUCAUCUGCAAUGUCAACAAUCCCUGUUUUCAUCACCCCACGGCAGGAGAGACACCCGGGCGAGUGAACAACUUUGAAAACUCCAUACUAUCUCGACUUUCAGUCGAUAUCAGAACUGUCCUGACAAUCAGUGGUAACAGGACAGUUCUCUCCAGCUUACAGGACCUGUCACAGGCAAUCCAGAGACUUGGAGAAAGACCAGAAGCUUGGCCAAAUCUGCCAGUAAGAGAGUAUCUCAGAGCCAAUGAAAGCUUCUCCUCCUUCCUGCGGACAAACACCAGCAUCCCCUCAGCAUCUGUUGAUCAAUUACUGAGGGCACGAUUGAACCUUCAAGUGGUUGCAUUAGCAGGUGGAGGAAUGCGUCUGUCUGACAUCGUCUGUAAUGCUUCUCUCUUGGGUCGUUACCUCACUGUUGACAAAAGAGAUUCUUUCCCUGAACUGCAAAGGGUGCUGUGUGCUGUGCCUUCAAAUAUUAUGCAGAAGGCCGAGGAGAUCUUCCUCUCACAGCUGGACUUCAGCAAGAUCCUCACGAGAGACAGACUGCAGGCAAAUGCGGCUGAUCUCCGGCUCAUCAGUCGGGUUGUUUCCUCUGUGUCUCGGGAACUAGCAUCAGUUAUGGAUGACAUCUCUUCUCUGUCCAGUUUCUCAGAGCUGAACUCAGAGAUGAGGCUACUGACACCUGAAAACCGCUCCGCACUGCCACGCGAGAGCUUUCGGGCCUUCUCCAGAAUCAUGUGUGGACACCCAGAGGCAGGGGGGGAGAGAAUCCCUUCAUUCAACUGGUAUGAAGAUCAGGACAUCAAAUCUUUCCUGGGCAGAAAUGCAUCAGAGGCGACAGACCUUGAAAACGACAACAGCACCACUCCGUUCUGUGAAAACCUGAUUCGAAGUCUGGAGUCGAACCCUCUCUCACGGAUUGUGUGGCGAAGCAUCAAACCACUGUUCGUUGGAAAGCUGCUCUACACACCAGACACACCAGUCACCCGUUUGGUCAUGUCAGAGGUAAACAAAACUUUUCAGGACUUCCAGAUUCUGAAUGACAUGCAGGAGGCGUGGCAGGAAGUGGCUCCCAGAAUCAGAACCUUCAUGGAGAGCAGUUUAGAAAUUCGGCUUCUGCAGGAUCUUCUGAGAAGGCCUGAGGUGGCAGUAGUUGUGAAUCUACAGCUUGAGAACACUUCUUGGACGGCCUCUCGCAUUUCCCGGUUCCUCUCAACGCCUGACCCAGAUACACCUCGUAGAGAUGGCGCUCCACCCACCUGGUUGGAUCUUUACCAGGAUUUAAACAACACCUUCAACACUCUCUCAGAACUCACUAAGUGCUUCUCUCUGAAUAAAAUGGAGGGUCUGGCCACAGAGGGUGAGAUGGUCGAACGAGCCCUGGAGCUGCUGGAAGAUCGUCAGUUUUGGGCCGGAAUUGUCUUCCUCCUCCCAGAGCCUUCAUCAUCCUCUCUGCCUCCCCACGUCAAGUACAAGAUCCGCAUGGACAUAGACGAUGUAACCCGCACGAACAAGAUCAAAGACAAAUUUUGGGAUCCAGGCCCGGCUGCGGAACCGUUCAGUGACCUCCGCUAUGUUUGGGGUGGUUUUAUUUACGUUCAGGAUUUAGUUGAGAGAGCUGUGACACGUUUGCUCACCGGUAAAGAGCCAAAAAUGGGCAUAUAUGUGCAACAGAUGCCCUACCCUUGCUUUGUUGAUGACGUGUUUAUACGCGUCCUGAAUCGUUCUCUGCCUCUGUUUAUGACACUGGCAUGGAUCUAUUCAGUGGCUAUGAUCAUAAAGGGUGUGGUCUAUGAGAAAGAGGCUCGUCUGAAGGAGACAAUGCGUAUCAUGGGUCUGAGCUCUGGGAUGCUGUGGUUCAGCUGGUUCAUCAGCAGUUACCUGCCCUUCCUGUUCAGCGCUGGACUGCUUAUCGCCGCCCUUAAGUGGGGCGAUAUCUUACCCUACAGUGACCCUGCUGUGGUUUUCUUCUUCCUGGCUGCAUUUGCUACAGCCACCAUCAUGCUUUGCUUCCUCAUCAGCACGUUCUUCUCACGAGCUAACCUGGCGGCAGCAUGCGGAGGACUCAUUUACUUCACUCUUUACCUGCCGUAUGUGCUGUGUGUGGCCUGGAGGGAAUAUCUGACCAGCACACACAGGAUCUUAGCGAGCUUCCUGUCUCCAGUAGCCUUUGGUUUUGGCUGUGAGUAUUUCUCUCAGUAUGAAGAGCAGGGUGUGGGGAUCCAGUGGUUCAACUUGAGAUCAAGCCCUUUGGAGGGAGACAGCUACAACUUCACCAUCUCCAUUGUGAUGCUGUAUGCAGAUGCCGUCAUCUAUGCACUGGCCACUUGGUACAUUGAAGCUGUUUUUCCAGGGCAGUAUGGGAUCCCCAGACCGUGGUAUUUUAUCUUCCAGCUGAAUUACUGGGGUGGGGUACCAUUAGAGGUGGGGUUACCUGUUCCUCCUGCACCUAGAGAUGAACCUGAUGAUCGGAUUGAAGCUGAACCGACAAACCUAAUUCUGGGAGUUUCCAUAAGAAACUUAGUGAAGAUUUAUAAAAAAGGGGCCAAGCUUGCUGUCAAUCACCUAAACAUAAAGUUCUAUGAGGGCCAAAUAACAUCCUUUCUGGGUCAUAAUGGAGCUGGCAAGACGACCACUAUGUCCAUUCUAACAGGACUGUUUCCUCCCACUGCUGGUACGAUAUACGUGAAGGGAAUGGACAUUCGCACAGAUAUGGACAUGAUCCGCAGGACUCUGGGAGUUUGUCCCCAGCACAACGUCCUUUUUGACAUGCUGACGGUGGAGGAGCAUGUGUGGUUCUAUGGUCGGAUGAAGGGCAUGAGUAUGGGGGAAGUGAAGAAGGAGAUAAAUUCACUUCUGGAGGAUGUGGGCUUACAACACAAACGACACGAGCAGACCAAAAACCUUUCAGGUGGCAUGCAAAGGAAACUGUCAGUUGCAAUCGCUUUCAUAGGCGGGUCAAAGGUCGUGGUCUUGGAUGAGCCCACAGCUGGUGUGGACCCUUACUCCCGCCGUGGGAUUUGGGACCUUCUGCUCAAGUACCGUCAAGGCCGCACCAUCAUUCUGUCCACACAUUACAUGGAUGAGGCUGAUCUCCUCGGUGACCGCAUUGCAAUCAUUUCCCAGGGGAAGCUAUGCUGCUGUGGAACGCCGCUCUUCCUCAAGGCUCGUCUUGGUACUGGAUACUACCUUACGCUGGUCAAGAGAGAGAUGCAUAGUAUGCCCAGCAGCACCAGCACUGGCAAACUCCCUUUAACUGCAGUUACCAAGGACAGCGAUUCCUCAGUAAGUGAUGACACAGGACUGGGCAGUGAAGAGAAUGGAUUUGAUGUUGCCGUCGUAAUGGCUCUUGCACAGCAGUACAUCCCUGAUGCUCAGCUGGUGGAGGACAUUGGCAGGGAGGCGGUCAUCAACUUGCCCCAUGCUGCCUCAGAGGACGGCAGUCUCGCCCUCUUUUUGAACGAACUGGACAAACGGCAGGGCGAGUUUGGUGUGGUCAGUUAUGGAUUGUCAGACACCACGUUAGAAGAGAUCUUUUUGCGUGUGGCUGAGGAGACUGGUGUAGAUGCAGACCCUGAGGAGCCAGCAGCAUCUCCAGUCCACCAGGGGGCGCCGUCUGAGGACAGAGACACAGGACGAAAACAGCCAAUCAGGAGAGAGGCCCGGGAGACAGAACCGCUGAGUGGGGAUGGUCAGGGUGGCGAUGCUCCUCUCACAGGCUGCUUCCUCACAUGUCAGCAGCUUCGAGCGCUUUUCACCAAAAGACUGAAGUAUGCCCUUCGCAGUCGCAGAGGCAUUUUUGCUCAGAUCGUUCUUCCUGCAGUGUUUGUCCUCAUCGCUCUGCUCUUCAGUCUCAUUGUCCCACCCUUUGGGAAAUAUCCAUCCCUGGAGCUCCAGCCAUGGAUGUACGGAGAACAGUUCACCUUCUUCAGCAAUGAUGCCCCACAGAAUCCAGCCAUACAGAACCUCCUGGAUGCCCUGCUGAAUCCUCCUGGGUUUGGGACCAAAUGUAUGGAGCCGAGCGGAGACACAGAGUGUUUAGAGGAAAAUGAAACCAAGUUUGUCCGGCCCCAGAUUCCCUACAGCAUGUGGCAGCUCUUUCAUAAAGGCAACUGGACUGUAGAGAAGCCGUCCCCUGACUGCGAGUGCAGUACUGAGGAUAUCCGCAGGAUGCUGCCGGACUGCCCGGAGGGAGCAGGAGGAAUCCCCCCGCCUCAGAUGAAAUCAAUGACAGGUGAUUUCCUGCAAAAUUUGACUGGUCGCAACAUUUCUGACUACCUCAUCAAAACAUAUCCCCAGAUUCUGAAGAAAAGUUUGAAGACGAAAAAAUGGGUAAAUGAAUUUAGAUAUGGAGGUUUCUCUCUUGGAGCUAAAAGCUCUCAAGCUGUGGAUGAGCCACAUUACCUGGAGGAGUCUGUUUUGGCUAUCAGAAGACGCUACAACAUUGCAGAGAAUGGCUCUUUAGAUCAGCUCCUUCAAAGACUACCAGAUGUCCUUACGGGACUCACCAGCCAAAAUAACAUUAAGGUCUGGUUUAAUAAUAAAGGAUGGCAUGCCAUGGCAUCAUUUGUAAAUAUCGUGAACAAUGGUCUCCUUCGUGCCAACCUGCCACCUGACGUGGAAAGACGUAAAUAUGGAAUGACAGCCUACAAUCACCCACUCAACCUCACAAAGGAGCAGCUGACAGAGAUGGCCCUGAUGACCACCUCAGUGGACGUUCUGGUGUCCAUUUGUGUUAUUUUCGCCAUGUCAUUUGUUCCUGCCAGCUUUGUCCUGUUCCUUAUUGAGGAACGGGUCAGUAAAUCAAAACACCUCCAGUUUGUCAGUGGAGUGAAGCCCAUCCUGUACUGGACCACCAACUACUUAUGGGACAUGUUGAACUAUGCUGUACCAGCCACUAUGGUGGUCUUCAUCUUCAUCAGCUUCCAGCAAGAGUCAUAUGUAUCUGAGAAGAAUCUGCCUGCACUGGUGCUCUUACUCUUGCUGUAUGGUUGGUCUAUCACUCCACUCAUGUACCCAGCCUCCUUCAUCUUCUCCGUCCCUAGCACUGCCUACGUGGUCCUUACCUCCAUCAACCUCUUCAUCGGCAUCAAUGGCAGCGUUGCCACCUUUGUCCUGGAGCUCUUUGUUGAUGAGCAUUUGAACGAGGUUAACAGGAUCCUGAAGAAGGUCUUCCUGAUUUUCCCUCACUUCUGUCUGGGUCGAGGUCUCAUUGACAUGGCCAAGAACCAAGCCAUGGCAGAUGCAUUUCAGCGGCUGGGAACCAAACAGAAUCUGGAUCCUUUAUCCUGGGAUUUUGUCGGGAAGAACCUGUUUGCAAUGGCGAUGGAAGGAAUUGUGUUUUUCAUCUUCACUGUUCUCCUGCAGUAUAAAUUCUUUGUUAAUUUUAGCCGGUGGUCUGGCUUUGUGCUGCCCCCUCUGGGCACGGAGGAUGAGGAUGUGGCGAGAGAGCGAGACCGUGUGAAGAGUGGUAGAGCUGUGGGAGACGUUCUCAUCCUCAAAGACCUUAGCAAGGUAUACAAGGCAGGCAGGAAGCCAGCAGUGAAUCGGCUUUGCUUGGGCAUUCCUCGUGGAGAGUGUUUUGGGCUUCUUGGUGUUAACGGGGCUGGGAAAACCUCAACCUUCCGCAUGCUAACAUCAGACACCCGCAUCACUUACGGAGAAGCAUUUCUUAGCAACCACAGCGUUCUUACAGAAGUGGAGAAAGUGCAUCAGCUGAUGGGCUACUGUCCUCAGUUUGAUGCCAUCAGUGAGUUUUUGUGCUUCUGUCCUCAGUUUGAUGCCAUCAGUGAUCUGCUGACGGGACGAGAGCAUUAUAAAUUUUUUUUUUUUUUAAGAACAAUAUGUGAAUCAGACUGAUGUAAAGUGGCACAGUGGGGAGUGCAAAAGCUUGGUCUGAGUCAGUAUGCUGAGCGAGAGGCGGGGGGCUACAGCGGAGGAAACAAGCGCAAACUGUCCACCGCCAUAUCCCUCAUUGGAGCUGCACCUGUCAUCUUCCUGGAUGAGCCAACAACUGGGAUGGACCCAAAGGCCAAGCGCUUCCUCUGGAACUGCAUCCUAAGUGUGAUCAAAGAGGGGCGAUCUGUCGUUCUCACCUCCCACAGUAUGGAAGAGUGUGAGGCUCUCUGCACCCGAAUGGCCAUCAUGGUGAACGGCAGGUUCCAGUGUCUGGGUUCAGUCCAGCACCUGAAGAACAGGUUUGGAGAUGGUUACACAAUAAUCCUUCGUCUGUCCACUCCAUUUACAGAGCCGUGCCCGGUGGACACCUUCAUCCAGAACUCCUUCCCUGGCAUCCAGCUGAAGGAGAGGCAUCAGAAUGUUCUCCAGUACCAGCUGCCAUCACAAGCCUGUUCACUCGCUUGUGUCUUUGAGCUUCUGUCAAAUAAUUACGAGGAGCUGGGGAUAGUUGACUACUCGGUGUCACAGACUACACUGGAUCAAGUGUUUGUUAACUUUGCUAAAGAGCAGACAGAUGAUGAUGAGCUCAGGGAAGUCACUGUAAACGGUGGAGGAUCCGUGCCGAUUCGAGCCAACAGACCUCAACGGCCCACAGACCUCAAACUCAAGAAAUGCAGCAGAUCUUCCACACCACACUCUUUUUCAACGCCCUCUACAGAGCAAGCUACUCGCUCAGUACAAACCCCUGAGUCUGCAUUUACUGGUUCAAAGACCAAAAAGAGCAAAUCAAACAGUCCAUCAGUCUCAAGACCGCAACAGCAGAUCCGAAUGGAACCUGUUGGUGAGGCAGCUAAUGGAUCAAACCCCCACGAGGACCAGACUCCUGGGAAAAAAGACCCAUCCACGUUGUUUAUUAUCAGUAGCAAAACACAGGAAAGCAAAGUGUAAAAAGACAAAGACAUUCGGGACUGAACAGUCAUGAUGUGGAUCACCAGUGAGUCAUUUGGUGCCUUGUUCAAUUGUAGUUUUCAAAAAUUAAAUAUAAUUAUUUUAAAAGCAAUCAAUUAAUCAUUCAGAUUGGCUCUCCUGGCAGUUCCUCAUUGAUUGUAUGUCUAGACCUUACUCUGAAACUUGAAGAUAACACAUGACAUUGUGUAUGUGUUUCAGCAGGAAAUCUUUCCCAGACCUCUUUAAUGCAUAAAUUAUGCAUAUUUUCUUGAAGUCAGUUUCACUUCAGUAUGGUAUUUGCUUUGUGCAACCCUAUUUGGAUAUGAUUUUUUUCUGAAUAUGUUACAUUAUAACAAACCUCUUUAUUUCUAUAUGUAUGUCGAGGUCAAAUGUGCAGCGCAGAGAUGGUAUCAGACACAAAAACUGCCUUCAUGUGUUAUUUAUUUAUUUCCUGAUUUUUGUAUGGUUUUAGGUUUAUUUGUCUUUUUCUUUUUCUUCUGAUGCACUUUAGCUUAAGACUGUCAUUAUCACUGGAUCUCUUCACUGCAAUGAUUGUUACAACGCUUGAUAUGUAGCUCUUUUUAUGUAGCAUUUAUUGUAUGUACAAACCGGAAAUAUUCUGUAUGAAAUGAGUAAAGUAAAGUUUGAAUGUGAAGUUUGUAAUCUUCCUUGUGUGCAUGACGCUGGAUGUUAAAAUGCUGGAAUAUUUAUAUGCAAAUCUCUCUCUCUCUCUAUAUAUAUGUAUCAAUAAAUAGCUGGGUACUGUACAGAUG